CCGAAAUAGAAGAGUCAAACCAGAACGUGAAAACUACACAACCUGCAUGGAUUGCCAACUUAUCACGCGCCUAGGCGGUGGUCAACCCUCACACCCCAUUGUUUGAUAAUAGUCUAUUCCACUACUUCAAAUGACCCCAAUGCCCUUUGUAGCUAUUAUAUUAUAGUCUUUAUUAUAUGGGUUGUUAGCUAAUUAUGUGUCUAGUUCUUGUCGAAUUUGUGGGGUCGUGUAAAUAUUUGUCAACCCUUAUACACUUAUCAGGUUUAGGUCAAUCUUAACUUAAUUCAUUUAAUUAAACAUAUCGGACCAUUUAACUCUAACCAGUUAAUUUUAUGUAAAAUUUGUUGUAUUCACAAAUCAUAUAAAAAAUUGAUAGUCUUAAUUAAUUUAUACCUAGAGUAGGCUAUAAUUGUAAAGCUGUGUAUGAACCAUGGAUAGCAUAUGCGUUGGUUUCUUCUACGCUGAUCAGGAUGGGAAUAGCGUAUUCCAUCAGAAUGCCAUUUCUUGUUGUUUAAUUAUGAUUAUACUUUAUCAAUAUUUUAAUACAGGAACAUGUGGAUCUAUUCUACACUAUGCUAGUUCCAGCUGAGCUAUUAUAAAUACACAUAUUAAGCCCUUUCUCACCUUCAACACUAAGCCUAGCCUGUUGUUGUUCAAAAUUUUCCUCCAUCUCCUUCCUGGCCUCUUCCCAUUUCAAAGAAAAAGCCUCUCUCUCUCUCUCUCUCUCUCUUUGGAUUGUCCUUGAGUGCCUGUCUACAUGGGAGGAUCUUCACCCUGUGCUUCCUGCAAGCUGUUGAGACGCCGCUGCGCCAAGGACUGCAUCUUUGCUCCUUAUUUCCCUUCUGACGACCCUCACAAGUUUUCUAUUGUUCACAAGGUUUUUGGUGCUAGCAAUGUCAGCAAAAUGUUGCAGGAGCUUCCCAUUCAUCAGAGGGCGGAUGCUGUGAGUAGUUUAGUUUACGAAGCAAAUGCAAGAGUGAGAGACCCUGUGUACGGAUGUGUUGGGGCUAUAUCUUACCUGCAGAAUCAAGUGUCGCAAUUGCAAAUGCAGCUUGCAGUGGCUCAAGCGGAGAUACUUUGCAUACAGAUGCAACAAGAGCCAAACUUACCAAUCACCCAGAUGGACCAAGACGAGAGGUCCCUUCUUUUAUCCACCAACUUCAAUAACAUUCCCCAGUGCCUCAGCUUUGCUUCUUCUAGCAAUGUAAUCCAAGACCCUCUUAAGAGAGAGUCUCUUUGGAUUUAAUCA